AUGUCAUACGUUGGCUUUCUGAAGACGCUUAUCAACCCCGACGUCAAGGGCAUUCCAUUCACCGAAUUCGUUGAAAUCCUCCAGUCGCUCAUCAGUAGCAGCUUCGCGACCGCAACCGAAGCCCGCGAUCGCCUGUGGGAGAAUGAAAACGUUGUGUGGUCCGUUCUGGCAGACAUUUUGCGGAAAGCCCCCGAUCACUUCAAGCAAAGUUUCAAGCAGGCCUGCCCGACUUCCAGCCGCAUUCUCAGCUUUAUUAUGGAGCACCAGGCGGAGGCCGCGUACACAGCUGCGGGAGCUCUAGCCAUCACGGCUGUGGGAUAUCUGGUGGCUUGGGGUAUGUCUCGGUAUGUGGAGUGCGCUAUCAAAGAAGAGCCGCAGAUGGACGCCCUGGAAGACGAUGACAAGACCGAGGACAGGAUCGAUGGAGAAUGGAAUCUGGAUAAAUUUUUCUGGCUUCUACGAACGAAUUUGAUUUUGGACCCUUUUCAAUUCCCCUUGCAGCUCUUCGCGAGCAUCACGACCUUGAAGCGGCCGACUCGGAUGGUAUUUCGGAAUGGGAGGUCCUCAAUGGAGAGAAUGGAAAUGAAUUGUUCGGUAGGGAGCUCGAGAACUAAGCUGUUAUGAAAUGCGCGGACAGCAAUGAGCUUAAGCAACUUUCCGUGUAGGGUUGAAUCGCCUCUUUGAGCUUCUCGGUAUCGGUC